AUGUGCUUGUCUACUGUAGUUGUAACAGAAGAAGAAAAACUGGUUUUAACUUUUACUGAUGUUUUUGGAUUUGUUGGUGGCUUUUUUACAUUAGCAACUUUAAUUUUUGUGCAACUAUUCGGUGAAUCUACCAGACGUCCAUGGGGCAUUGUGCAAUCUCUUUACUGCUGUGGUAUCAAGCGGAGCAUCCAAAAUACUCUUUAUGAUCAUCUAAAAGGUCAUAUUCCAUUUGCUGAUAAAGGUAUUCAUUUGGAGUUUCCUCCUGAACGAAUUGAAGAUCGAAUAAAUGCAAUUGAACAACGGCAUAAAGCUUUGGAAUUGUUUCUUCAAGAUUAUGUUAUUAAUGUUGACUUCCUUUAUAAUAAUGAAUAUUCAAAGAUUAAAAAUGUUGAAAUAUUAAAGAAUUAA